CGAUCACGGAGGAGUGCCAAGAUGGCAACGUGAACUGGAAUGCGUAUGUGGGUUCGAGCGACUAGAAGAGCGAGCUCGAUCCUCGGCUCGGGCCAAGUGGGCCGCUUAUCAGGCCGCGGAGGAACAGAUCUCUACUACGGAGUACGUAGGUCAUCAACGGCGUGAGAACGGGACAGACACCACCUCGUCAUCUUCUUCUCUCCGUCUCCUCCCUGCCUCUCCUCCCACUCUCCCCUCUGCUCUCCAAUUCAGCCUCUCCCUGCUCUCAAACUCAUCUGCUCCCUCAACGCCCUCCCCGACCGCUCCCCAUGGCCAAGAAAAGCAUCCUGGGCCUUCGCGAAGCCGCCAUGGCCUACCGACCCAGCUCCUCCGGCCAGCUCCCCGAGCCCACCCCGACCCCCUCGACUGCGCCCACACCAGUGGCAGCGCCCACCUCCAUCAACCCCGAUGACUAUUCCAAGCCCUACUGCGACUUCAUGACCGCCAACCCGACCAUCUUCCACGCCGUCGACAGCUUCACCAAGCAGCUGGAAGGCCAAGGGUACAAGCGCCUCCCGGAGCGCGACACCUGGCAGCUCGAACGCGGCGGCAAAUACUACACCACGCGCAACGCCAGCGCCUUUAUUGCCUUCUCCGUGGGCGCCGAUUACCAGGCUGGCAACGGCAUGGCCAUCGUCGCCGGCCACAUCGACGCCCUGACCGCCAAGCUCAAGCCCGUCUCCAAGCUGCCCACGAAGGCCGGCUUCGUCCAACUGGGCGUGGCGCCCUACGCCGGCGCCCUCAACGAGACCUGGUGGGAUCGCGACCUCGCCAUCGGUGGCCGCGUCCUGGUCCGCGACCCGACCUCCGGGAAAGUCGAAUCCAAACUCGUCAAGCUGGACUGGCCCAUUGCUCGCAUUCCCACGCUGGCCCCGCACUUCGGCGCUCCCUCCCAGGGCCCCUUCAACAAGGAAACCCAAAUGGUCCCCGUGGUGGGCGUCGACAACUCCGACCUCUUCGCCCAGCAAUCCCCCACCCCCAGCCCCGCCUACGCCCCGGGCACCUUCGCCGCCACGCAGCCCCCGAAACUCGUCAAGGUCAUCGCCCAAGAACUCCAGAUCACCGACCCCAGCACCAUCCUGAACUGGGAACUCGAGCUCUACGACAGCCAGCCCGCGCAACUCGGCGGCCUCGAGAAAGACCUGAUCUUCGCCGGCCGCAUUGACGACAAGCUCUGCUGCUACGCCGCGCAGGAAGCCCUCCUGGCCUCGCCAUCCCACACCUCCCCAGCCUCCAUCAAGAUGGUCGGCAUGUUCGACGACGAAGAAAUCGGCAGCUUACUCCGCCAAGGUGCCCGCUCCAAUUUCAUGUCCAGCGUCAUCGAACGCAUCACCGAGGCCUUCGCCCCGGGCACCACCUACGGACCCAACCUCCUGGCCCAAACCGUCGCCAACAGCUUCUUCGUCUCCUCCGACGUCAUCCACGCCGUCAACCCCAACUUCCUCAACGUCUACCUGGAGAACCACGCCCCCCGUCUCAACGUCGGCGUCGCCGUCUCCGCCGACUCCAACGGCCACAUGACCACCGACAGCGUCAGCCACGCCUUCAUCCAGCGCGUCGCCGCCAAAUGCGACGCCACGCUCCAGGUCUUCCAGAUCCGGAACGAUUCCCGCAGCGGCGGCACCAUUGGGCCCAUGACGAGCUCGCGCAUCGGCAUGCGCGCUAUCGAUGUGGGUAUCCCGCAGCUCAGUAUGCAUAGUAUUCGGGCCACCACGGGCAGUCGGGACCCGGGACUAGGCGUGAAACUGUUCAAGGGCUUCUUUGAUUACUUUGAGGAGAUUGAUCGGGAGUUUGCGGAUUUUUGAGCCUGUUGAUCGUCCUGUUGGGUGCCACAUAAGAUUUCUCCGUGAUAUACAGCGGAUGAGGAAGGUAGAUGAGAUGCAUUCUAGCGUUCGGAUGGUGAGGCUUAGAGGAUAUGAGGGGAUGGCUUGUCAUGUUCUGCUGCUUUCCUGACACCGUUCUUCCAUCGUGUGUCUAGUCGUAUGUACUUGCCGUUGGCGCAGAGUAUUU